GGAGCUGUUUAUUUGGAAUUACAGAGGCAACGCAAUUGUUUUUGGAAAUUAAUUAUAUUGGAACACGCGAUGCUUAAAAAAAACAAACACAUUGUCACAAAAACACCAUUCGAUUCUGUCCUUACGUUUGAGGGUCUCACAAACACGCCGAAGUUCCAAAUAUGAAGUCAUUAGAGUCAUUAGCUAAGUAGCUGAAUAUGAAUGGCCAGGGUAGGCGCUCGUCGGGGCGCCUCAUUAUGCAAGCGCAUUAAAAGAAAGCAGCGGGUGGUCAAGUGGCUUCGAACAAAAAGAGGGGCAGGAUUCAAAUUCUAAGUGGAAAGUUGUUCCCAUUGUGAGCGGGCGUAUAAAGGGGACGCCCGACUCGGCGGGCGAGACCAGCUGUAUGUUUGGAUUCAGAAACACUACCAUGGCCUUGACACAUUUCCACACGUGGAUUGCCUUUUUUCUCAUCUCGGUGAUUAUUUGCGACGUCGGAGGCCGCGCACUAUCACCGAGGUCGAUCUGGAUUCACAGACCGUCUUUACGCACGGAGCUGCUGGGGCGGAUGAGGCGCGGGGCGGCGGAGGCUCAUCGGGAGCGCUGCGCGGAGCUCACAGCGUCCUGGCGGGAGAGCUCGCACGAGAACCCCAGGGACAAUUCCACCGUGUUACGCCUCAUUGUCAGGCCGCUGUCCGCGGGUAUUUCCCGAGGAUCAGUGUUCCCGGAGAGGCCGCUCUUCAGUUUCGUCCGGCGUGUCUAUCGUUGCUGUCAAGACGGACUUGAUUGCAGGAGCGUCAAGGGACUGCAGGGCCGCUUUGGAGGAGGUUCAGAUGUGGAGUUACUCGUCUCGAGAGAGAUCUUCUCAAUGAGCAUCAGGAGAGCCGAGCUUCACCUUCAGUUAACAAAUCCGCAACAGGUUGACAUCCAUCCUGUGCUUCUAACAAUGGCAAAGAGCAACCUGCCGACAAGGUUUAUUUCAAGAUCUCACGGUAACACUCUGGAGUUGCGAGUGGAUCUGCUGUUCCUUUUCCGGGGUCUACAAGAGGCAGCUGGCGGUCCCGGUGGAGGUUACCGCUUGGCGAACACGCGGAAGGUCCUGCUUUCCUCUUCACAUAAAAAGCUAACUUCAGCGGAUCUCCGGAGUAAUGUGGGUGACGCGUGGGGGGAGCUGGGUUUGGCCUUAGGCUGCAGUCGGGCCGGAGUCGCCGUGUGUUGUGAAAGCAGCGAGGUCGGCCUUCUACACACACCUUUCGUGGCCCUGUACUACCGAUGAGGUCACACUGACUGACACUGGACUCAACUACGCUGAGAUGUACACUUUCAUUGCUGAUGUCACAUAGAGCUGAGAA